AGGAUGGCUGGCGUAGGCAACUUCUCUCAACCUCCCAAACGUCAGCUAGGUUGGAUCACAUUCUGUAGUUGCGCCAACCGCAUUCUCCGGCAUUUGGGGUCAAGGGAAUCAGGUCACAAGAGCUCUCAUAAAGAGCUUUACAUUCCAAUGUAAAGUGAGCAAAGGGCUGAUGCAGAAGAACAGGUGUGGUCUGAAUGAUAUUGAAGCGUCAUCAAGAUGAAAUUGCAGACUUUGCUCCUAUGGACCUUCUGGGUAUGGAUCUCUUGGGCUUUGGUCGAAGGCAAGAAAGUCAAGAGCAAAUCUUUGGUGGAAGCCAUUGAUGAUCAUAAGGAGUUUAAGAAGUUACUCAGGACCAAAAAUAACGUAUUGGUGGCCUUUUUGAACGACCCCAAAUCCGGCCGUGAAGACCUGACCAAACUAUUGGACGACGUAGCCGAAGCCAUUAAAGGCAUUGGCACGAUUGCCACCGUGGAUUGUCAAGAAGGGAACGGUAAAAAGCUGUGCAAAAAACUCAAAGUGAACCAGUCCGUUCUAAAGCACUAUCAAAAUGGGGAGUUCCAUUUGGAUUACGAUCGAAAAGAACGCCUGCAGACCAUGGUCAAUUUCAUGAAAGACCCCAAAGGGGAUUUACCUUGGGAGGAGGAUGAUUCCGCCCGAGAUGUGGUCCAUAUUCUUGAUGUGGCCAGCUUCAACAAACUUCUUAAGAAAGAAAAAGACAAGGAUCUCCUGGUCAUGUUUCAUGCCCCUUGGUGCGGCUUUUGUAAGCGGAUGAAGCCGGAUUUCCAAGAAGCAGCCACUGAGAUCAAAGGCUCUCAAGGUCGUUUAGUGGCCGUUGACAUCACCAAACCCGGGAACAAUGGGCUUAGCCGUAAAUACAAUGUCACCGGCUUCCCCACUUUGCUGUACUUUAAAAACGGAGCCAUGAAGUACACAUAUCCCGGGGAGAACAAGAAAAAGUCCAUCGUGGAUUUCAUGACCAAUCCGAGCCCUGACGAGCCCGUCAAGGUGAAAGAACUAGCUUGGAGUGACGAACCCUCGAAUGUGAUUCAUUUGACCGAUGCCACCUUCGACCAAGUCUUGGCUGAAGAAGCCAGUCUCUUAGUUAUGUUCUAUGCCCCCUGGUGCGGACAUUGCAAACGAAUGAAGCCACAAUUCACGGCUGCCUCUAGCGCUUUGAAGUUGGCUGGCAUUGCGGGGAAAUUAGCUGCGGUGGAUUGUACGGUCGAGCGAGAACUUGCCUCACGGUUCGAAGUCAAGGGAUACCCCAGUGUCAAAUAUUUCAAGGAUGGAGCUUUGGCCUUUGAAGCCGGUCAUGUUCGAGAAGAGAAUGACAUUGUGGCAUUCAUGAAGGAUCCACGGGAACCACCCCCACCUCCCCCUCCAGAAAAGCCCUGGUCCGAAGAGGAAUCCGAAGUUCAUCAUUUGGACACGGAAACCUUCAAACCAUUUUUGAAGAAGAAAAAACAUGUUUUAGUGUUUUUCUAUGCCCCGUGGUGCGGGCAUUGUAAAAAAGCCAAACCCGAAUUUACAGACGCGGCAGCCGAAUUCGCUGACAACGUCAAGGUCGAAUUCGUGGCCGUGGAUUGCACAAUAGAACGAUCCUUGUGUUCGACCUACGAAAUCAAAGGUUACCCCACUCUCAAGUACUUCAAAUACUUCGACAAGCAACCGGUCUUGGACUACGAUGGGGGUCGAACCCAAGCUGAUUUUGUACGUUUCAUGAAGGAUCCGGACAGCCCCGCCCAUGGCAAGCCUCCGCCCCCUCCCAGUCCCAAAGAGCAGUGGUCUGGGAUAGAAGGAGGUGAUCAUGUUCUGAUUUUAACCGCUGAGAACUUCAAAUCCGAUUUGGAGAAGGUGGGCCAUGCCUUGGUCAUGUUCCAUGCCCCCUGGUGUGGCCACUGCAAGAACAUGAAGCCGGAUUUUGCUGCUGCCGCCAAGGAGCUCGAGACGAAUAACAAUCUGGCCUUGGGAGCUGUUGACGCCACCAUAGAAGGUUCACUGGCCAAGCAAUUCGAUGUUCGAGGUUAUCCUACCUUGAAAUAUUUUCGGAGGGGAGUUGUGGCAGAGCAAGAGUACGAAGGUGGCAGACGGAAAUCGGACUUCCUGGCGUUUUUAAAAGGAAAGGUCUCCAAAGACGAGCUUUGAAAGCAGACAUAUUUCAUUCGUUUUACAUUUUUUGUGAUACAUCUCAAACCAACCUUGCCGUGACCAGAUCUAACAAAAGUAACCUCACUCACUCACAUGCUAAUCUUUGUAUAUUUUGAUACAUGACGAAAUAUAUUUAUAUUUUACACAA